AUGGUAAGCUCUAAUUGUUCCACUGAGGACUCCUUUAAAUAUACUUUAUAUGGGUGUAUCUUUAGUAUGGUGUUUGUUCUUGGCCUCAUAGCAAACUGUGUUGCUAUCUACAUUUUUACUUGUACAUUAAAAGUGCGAAAUGAGACUACAACUUACAUGCUUAAUUUAGCAAUAUCGGAUCUGCUUUUUGUGUUUACAUUACCCUUCAGGAUUUAUUACUUUGUAGCGAGAAACUGGCCAUUUGGAGACAUUCUCUGCAAGAUUUCUGUCACCCUCUUUUAUACAAAUAUGUAUGGGAGCAUUUUAUUUCUGACCUGCAUAAGCGUAGAUCGCUUUUUAGCUAUAGUACACCCCUUUCAAUCUAAGACUCUCCGAACCAAAAGGAACGCAAAAAUUGUCUGCGCUGCAGUAUGGAUAACCGUGUUAGCAGGCAGCACACCAGCAAGCUUUUUCCAGUCUACUAACCGCCGUAAUAAUACUGAACAAAGAACGUGUUUUGAAAACUUUUCAGAGGACACAUGGAAAACCUACCUAUCCCGGAUUGUUAUCUUCAUUGAAAUAGUUGGGUUUUUUAUUCCACUCAUCUUGAACAUGACCUGCUCUACUAUGGUCUUACGGACUUUGAAUAAACCGCUUACAUUAAGUCGGAAUAAAUUAAGCAAGAAAAAGGUACUCAAAAUGAUUUUUGUCCAUUUGGUGAUAUUCUGCUUCUGCUUUGUGCCUUAUAACGUUACCUUAAUACUUUACUCCCUUAUGAGAACACAGACCUGGAUUAAUUGUUCAGUGGUAACUGCAGUCAGGACUAUGUACCCCAUCACUCUGUGCAUUGCCGUUUCAAACUGCUGUUUUGACCCUAUAGUCUAUUACUUUACGUCAGAUACAAUUCAAAAUUCAAUAAAAAAGAACCGGUCCACUAGACCACGGGACAUCAGAUUCUCCGAAAGGCCAGUUUCGGAAAACUUCAUUCAACACAGCCUUCAGACCAUAAAAAUGAAAAUAUUUGACAGUGACUCUACAAUAUAAGCUGUAUUAAAAGACUACUGGGACUAAACUGGAAUUAGAAGCCUGCACAUUUCUUCAGCUGUGGAAAUAUAUUCUGAUAUGUAAAAGUAACACUUCCUUCACAUCAGAAAAGUUUAUAAGACUGUAAAAGUGUUAAGCAUAAUAGUACACAGAAAAAGUAUUUUAAGAAUUUAUUAUGUCAGAUGUCUGUUCUGACAGGUUGUAUGUUAGAAACGAACUUUUGGUUUCAGAUUAGGUUAACCGAAGUCCAAAGACUGUCUGUCAAGUCAAAAACAAAGGAAAAAGUAGGUGGGUUUUUUUCUGAAGUUAAAACAAUUGCUCAUUUUUUAUAAUGAUAUAGGUUUCCAAGUUGCUGAGGACGGGGGUGAGACUGACUGGUCUACACUGCAGGACCCAGUUGCCGCGGAAAACAGCACCAUGUUGAUCAUACCACUUCAGCUACUGUGCCUGCUCCGGAGCUUCUGCUUCUCUAUCUUACUCCUCCCUCCUGUCUCUCUCCCUGCACCUUCCUUCUUAGGGACCAUUACAUUCAUAGGAAGCUUCAGUCAAUGGGCUGCAAGAACUUCAUUUCUCCCAGGUUUAUCUGAUAAAAUAUAUGCUCUCUCCACAAGCCUGGCCCCCAUAAAGCAAUUAAAUCUUCUGGUAGUUUAGAGCAUCUGGAAACAACUCAGACAAACUGGUUUUUCUUCUCACCUCUGUCUCAGAUGUCUGUGUAAUUAUAACAAAAUAACCUCUGAUGACUGAGUUAGUGCUUUAGGUACAGUACCACUUCAUUAAACUCUUUUCUGAGAAGUUCUUCAACUCAACAUGACUUUUGAGCAAAACAACAUCCUCCAAAUAAGGUAAUUCAAUCUCAAGGUAGUAGUCUCUUAGAAAAACAUGACCUUUGCUAACUAGAAAUGAGCAUGUGCACCAACCCAAAUAUUUCUUCUAGGAAACUAUUUGGUGUCCCAUAAAGAAAUUUAAGACAUGGUAGUUUUUAGAGUGAAACUUCCUCUCAAUCUUUGAGUAUUUUUAACAUGAGCAUUUAAAAUUUCAAAUGCUAUUUUCUUGCAAACUUUAUAAAGUAUAAAAAUAAAUUACUUGGGGCUACGUGCUGGCAAAAUUAAUCGAGACACUUUGAAAAGUUAAAGCCGUGUAAAAGGAGAAAUCUACAUAUAUUACUGUUACAAACAGAAAUAUAUAGACAAGAGUGCUUUAAGACGUCCUGCUAUGUAUGUUUCCCAGCUAUUAGAACAUUGUGUACAUUUUUCUCAAAAUUAAUUUAACAUCGCUGUAAAAUUAAAUAAAUAUUUAAAAAGUAAAAAUAAGUAGUAAGUGUUGGUUUUUCCUCCCCAAAAACAAUGGAGUCAAGAAUAAGAACUGAGUUAAAAUGAAUUUGCACUUUAGAUUUUGGGCAGUGAGUUGCAACACAGCUAUAGCACUGAGGCAUUUUUACUUCAGGGCAGUAUACGGAAGCGCAAAUCAAUGUUGGAGAAAAUGCAUAUUGAGCUGUCAGAGUAUGUAUGUUAUCCGAUUGAAUUUACUUCCCUUUCCGAAGCUUUUGCUUAAUUGUUAUAAAUCAACUGUACAUUGCCUAGUACUACUGGAAAACUGAGUUACUCAAAGACUGCUAGAAACUAAUGCCGACUGAAUUUUAAAUUUAACAGCAUUUUAAAUCUUUAUCCACACAACUUAUGAAAGGAAAAUUCAAAUGGUAUGAGCUUAAGCUACAAAGAUAGCAUAGAUAUAAAUGUCUGCAUAAUAUCUGAAAAUAGGCAGUUAUCUUAGUCGGGAAUCCUAAACUCCUCUGAUUCAUAUACAACUUCAGAAAAAUGCACGAAACCCCCAGCAUGAGUAGAAAUUCUGUACGUAUUCCAUAUGCCACUGACUGACAAAUCCAAAGGUCAAAAGCCGGAUAGGCAUCUCUAAUGUCUCAAUGCAUCUCUCUCUAAAGAGCCUGUUUAAUAUUAGACUGCCUCCAAAGACUUUGAGACUAAAGCCCUUCAUGUCACUGCUGGGCUAUGUUCCUAGGCUACUACUC